AUGGCUGAAGCCGCUGCGGAGGCGUUCGAGCUGAGAAAUGGGAGCGUCGCCGUGAAGGUCAGCAACUGGCCCGCCACCAUCACCUCCCUUCUCUUGCCGGAUUCUCACGAUGAUCGAAAAGCUCUCUCCCUGCUCCUCCCUCCGAAGGCUGGAAUGGAUUCUGCAUAAUUUUUUCUCGGCUCCCGUUCUAUGUAAGCAUCCUCACGGGACGGUCCUGUUCCAGGGAACUUCGCAAAUGUCGUCCUCGGAUUCGACAACCUUGAGCCGUACCCCGUGAUAACCCUCCCUCGAUACCGAUUAACUCCAUAUGAAGCCUCUCUCUCUCUCUCUCUCUCUGGAUCGACAACCAAAAUGACAAUUUUUAUGAGACUUCUCUAUACAUCAGUUAAAAUUUUGGGCCUUACUAAGUAGCCAAGGUAACUGAGAUACCUUGCCAAACUUACAGGGUCACCCACCUCAGAACCAAGGGGUAGGGCUUUAGAGCACACCGAGUGAUAUGCUCUGUUUACUGAAGGCUUCCGUUCCAUGUGAGCAUGUGAUGUGGAUUGUUCUUACAUCACGCGCUCAUAUUAAGGGAUGCUAACGGAAAAGAAUCCAAAGGCGACCUCGAGCUCCUCAACUUCAGACACUCUCCUCUAGGUGAUGGAGUUCCUUGAGGGGAGUACUCUGAGAUCUUAUCCGAGGAGUCUUGAUGGAACCAAUGAGUCUUUGCGCACAAAGGAAGUAGUGUGGCAGGUUCCUAAUGGGCUUCUAAUGGGCCGAAUACACCUCCAAGAUAGCCCAAGAGAAGUCAUACAUGGUCCUCCUCAGCUCACUAGUCGAACAUGGGUUAACAGGGUCAAACGCUAUUGGUCCACUUCAGCUCCAGCCCGCCAUCGUCAUAUUGCCCCGAUAAUGAAGUGAUCCCAUGAACCACUUGAGAUCUGGGCUCCUCGCGGUCUCCAAUAAUCUAGAUUAAGAAGGACGAGGCUUGAAGAAUUCCGAUUCAUGGUUGAGAAAUCAGGAUCACUAGAGAAAGGGUGUGGGCGUGCAAAAGUGCCCUAACAGCACUAGCGGGAACGACAGGCAAAGCACCAACAAGUGGACAUCCCCAAGCAAUGAAAGGUGGAUGGGAAAACCGUCUGAAGGUGAAGUGUCGCAUGAAAUUUCGCCCGGCCAAUCUUCCCUUAGAAAUAGAGGGUACUUGCAGCAUCCAAGGUAGUGAGCAACAUAUACUUAGUCUCUUCCUUCUUAAGUACUCUUAUUAUGAAGUAGUAGUAGAUAUCCCUUCCAUAUGUGGCAUUGAAGAGACAUCUAAAGCUGCACAUGAUCAAGUGUUUUGA